AUGGCUUCUGCCCCGCCGCCCGGGGGCUCGCCGGCUGCCGCUGAGCCAAAUCCACUCAGCCAGGCCGUCGAAGCUAUCGCGGCAGCUGAGCAAGACAGCGACUUCCCCUCCCCUCAACCCACGAGGAAUGACGCAUCGCCAACCGCACCGACCGGGUCUGCUUCUGGUGCGCAUCGGAACACCUCUAAAGAAUCCCAAAAUCUUCCCGACUCCAUCGCCGCGGACCCCCCGCCUCCCUAUAGCGAAACACUGGGCAACAUUACGGAAGAUGGAGAAUUAGGAACAAAGGCCACAAUUGCUGGUGACGGACGUGUCAACAUUCACAUCGAUCAAAAGAACCGACGUCUCUCCUCUCUGCUGGUACCGGCCCUACGUAGCCAGGUCGACGUGGUCGCUCACGAGCCCGAUCUUCCUGCGCCCUAUAUUCCGCCUUCACUCGGAGGCGAGCCCGGAAAAGAACCGCCCCCGCCGUUGAACAUUGCCAUACACGUUGUAGGCUCUCGUGGAGAUGUGCAGCCAUUCGUUGCCUUGGGAAAGGUGCUCAAGGAGACCUACCACCACCGUGUUCGUUUGGCUACACACCCCACCUUCAGGAACUUUGUCGAAGAAAACGGCCUAGAGUUCUUCAGUAUCGGUGGUGAUCCCGCUGAGCUCAUGGCCUUCAUGGUCAAGAACCCGGGGCUUAUGCCUGGAUUUGACACGCUGAGAAACGGCGACGUGGGGAAGCGUCGCAAAGGCAUUGCCGAGAUCAUUGAAGGCUGUUGGAGAUCCUGCAUCGAAUCGGAAGACGGAUUCGGCGUUGGUUCAGAGGAGCGCACUGAGGCUUGGGUGAACAGCCCCAACUACAGCCCGGAUAUACCAGCCAACACUACCGGACGACCUUUCGUGGCCGACGCUAUCAUUGCCAAUCCCCCUAGCUUCGCCCACGUCCACUGCGCUGAGAAACUUGGCAUACCGUUGCACAUGAUGUUCACCAUGCCCUGGUCUCCUACGCAGGCGUUUCCCCACCCGCUCACCAACAUCAUGUCAAGCAACGCAGACGCUUCCCUCACAAACUAUCUAUCCUACGCACUCGUCGACAUGCUGACCUGGCAAGGCCUCGGUGACAUUAUCAACCGAUUCAGACAACGCACCCUCCAUCUGGAACCUUUGAGCUCACUUGCAGCUCCCGGUCUGCUUCAUCGCAUGCGGAUUCCAUGCACUUACUGCUGGUCUCCUGCUCUCAUUCCGAAACCUCGAGACUGGGCCAAUUUCAUCUCCAUCUCCGGCUUCUAUUUUCUGUCGCUCGCAUCGAAUUAUACCCCUGAGCCUGAGCUGGCCGCUUUCCUCGCGGCUGGACCACCGCCAGUUUACAUUGGCUUUGGAAGUAUAGUGGUGGAUGAUCCAAACGGCAUGACAAAGCUGAUCUUCGACGCUGUCAAGAAAUCUGGAGUGAGAGCGCUCGUCAGCAAGGGUUGGGGAGGCUUCGGCGCCGAUGAGCUUGGCAUCCCGGAGGGAGUGUUCAUGCUGGGAAAUGUGCCCCACGAUUGGCUCUUCAAGCACGUGUCGGCUGUCGUUCACCACGGUGGCGCUGGAACAACAUCUGCAGGUAUUUCUUGUGGCCGACCGACAGUCGUCGUACCUUUUUUCGGAGAUCAACCCUUUUGGGGCUCCAUGGUAGCAAGAGCGGGAGCUGGACCGGACCCCAUCCCUCACAAACAACUCACAUCAGACAAGCUUGCGGAGGCCAUUCAAUUCUGCCUUCAACGUAGCUCCCAGGAGCGGGCACAGGAAUUGGCGGCAAAGAUCAACAAAGAGAAGGGGUGUGAUGUAGGCGCACAGAGCUUUCAUCAACAGUUGAGGGUCGACGAGAUGCGUUGCUCCCUCAUGCCCAACCGAGCCGCCGUCUGGAGGGUGAAGAGGACGAAGAUCCUGCUCAGUGCUCUAGCGGCUGUUGUCCUCGCAAACGAAAAAUGUUUGAGCUUCUCUGAUCUUAAGCUGCACCGACCCCGUGAAUAUGAGCCUGACGCUGGACCUUGGGAUCCUUUGACUGGCGUCCUAAGUCCUGUCAUGGGAACGGUGACUACCAUGAUGAUGGGUGUCGCUGAUCUUCCUAUUGAGACACUCAAAGCUCUUCGCAUCCAUCCCGAUAUGAACAAAAACCGCUCAAAGCCAGGAAGCAGUUCGGAAAAUGCCUCAAGUAGUACCGACAACAGAGGACCACCCACUCCCGGAACGUCAGAGUCCGGUAGAAGUACCCCACUGGAAGGUGGUCCGCAGGUCAGAGUGUCGGAGAACUACUCGGAGUUACAUGAACGGGCGAGCUCUUCCCUUUCAGGUACCCCAAGACCUGGCGAACAUAGUCGUCAGUCUUCCUUCGGACAAGCUUUGGGACACAUGCGUAGCUCUUCCAACCCUAGAAGCGGGGCAUCGACACCGCAUUCACGCGACGGUUCGCAGCAGACGAAAUCCGCAGCUGAUACCGAGCACACGUCGUUUUCAGUUGAAAGCGCGCUACAAUCUGGUAAGGGGGUGAGCAGAAUUGUUGGCGCAGGUAUGAAAGUUCCUAUGGAUGUCAUGCUCGGUCUUCAGAGAGGCUUUCACAACACGUCUAAGCUGUACGGGGAAGAGCCUCGACAGGUUGAAAAAGUGACUGGCUUUUCAAGCGGCCUCAAGGUUGCUGGAAAAGAGUUUGGUACCGGCCUUUAUGAAGGCAUAUCCGGACUCGUCACUCAGCCCCUCAAAGGAGCUCAGAAGGAAGGCGCCGGAGGCUUCAUCAAAGGCGUAGGGAGAGGAAUUGCUGGAAUUGCUCUCAAGCCCCAGGCUGCUGCAUUCGCCAUUCCCGCCUAUACGAUGAAAGGUAUUUACAUGGGUAUCAAGAAGCCCUUCGGUGCCACCGUUCAGAACUACAUCAUCUCUGCUCGUACUGCUCAAGGCUGGGAAGAGUACAACAAGUCCACGGCUCAAGAACGUGCUUUGAUCGUUGAGUUGUAUCAGAUCAUAGCCUCUUCCGUAAAGAAGAAGAGGAACCCUGGCGAGAAGGAGAUGGAAGCGAUCCAGGCACUGGUGACCAAGCGCAGAGCAAACGCUGGUGACCCCCGUCAGAGCCUGCAAAACUUCCUUGGUUGGAGACGGUUGGACGGGGCCUCAAGCGGAGCGGCGUCUCCACAGCCCGCAUCUGGCCCUGAGCUUCCCCCGCGGUCCAGCAACACAUAUACUCCUCAAACCAGCGCGGCCGGGCAGUCUUCUUCCUCAACAACCCCAGCUCAAAACUCACAAGAGGGUCCCCUGUAUGACCCCGCCACUCUGGAAAGGGCGGAGAACGAGGAUCUCGAGGAAGCCAUUCGCCUCUCGCUGGCCGAGGUGUCGCGUGGCAACCCGGAAGAAGACGCCCUCAUGGAGCGUGCGAUGCGCAACAGCAUCAGAGAGACGCAAGCCGCCAACCCGUACAUGCACGAACAAUGCAGCGUCGAAGAGGAAGCACGCAUACUGCACAGCGUGAUGGAGCAGAGCAAGCUGGAAGUCGCAGAGGAGCUCAACCGGGACCGGGGCAUCCGCGGCGCUGGCGGCACGGAUGCGGACGAGCUGGAGGAGGCGCUGAGGCGCAGCCGUCUGGAUGCGGGCGCGAAGGCGGUGGCGCGCGCGCAGCAGCGCGUCAAUACGGACAGAUCGUGGGACUCGGACAGCAGUCCAGCCAGCCCGCCGACAGUCGGGGAGGUGGACAGCAGGACGUUGGCGAGCCAUAGGAGCACGGCUUUGGGCGAGUUGGAGAGCAUGGGGACGGGAAGGUCGGGCAGGACAGCGACGGGGCAGCAGCAGCAGCACAUGGUAGCGGAUCCGCCUGUUGCUACGGGGCGGCAGGAGGAGGGCGUAACGGACGCGCAGGAGGAAGAGGAUGAGGAGUUGAGGAGGGCGAUGGAGGCGAGUGAGAGGGACUCGAGGGAGAGGGAAGACGCGGAGGAGAAAGCCAGGAGGGAGGAAGAGAUUGUGCUGGAGUACGUCAAGAAGCAGAGUCUGGCUGAGGAGGAGCAUAGGAAUAGGAUGCUGGGUGGUGGGGCUUAG